AUGGCAAAAUCCACACAGGAAUGUUUAGAUAAUUCGACUUUCAGAAUUAAGGAAGGUAUGUCUGUUGCAAGCAGAUUCAAUGUUUACCAAAUCCAAAAAGUCACACAUUACAGGAAGUUCAGUCAGAUUGCUGAGUGCCGAAAUGAGAGAACAGGUGAAAUUUUGGCAAUAAAAUUUGUCAAAAAGAAGUUUUAUUCUAAAAAUAGGAGAGAGGUGAGGAUACUGAAGCAACUGAAAAGUUUAGGUCUCCACCAAUGCCGCAUUGUCAACUUUUCUGAGUGUUUUUCAUACCAAGACAGGACCUGCUUUGCCUAUGAGAAGCUGGAUUCAACCUUUCAGGAAUUAGUUUUAGCAGCAAAUGGGAAACCUGUUCACCUUAUUGAGAUCAGAGCUAUUGCAUAUCAAAUGAUCGUUGCUUUAGCAGCUCUGCACCACGCUGGAUUCACUCACGCUAAUAUAAAACCAGAAAAUAUAAUGACUAUGGAUGAAGUUUCACAUCAGUAUGGUGUCAAACUGAUUGGUUUUUCCAACUCUGCAACGACAUCUGACUUACGUGACUUAAAGAUCCCUUUAGAUUGUGGUUACACCGCACCAGAGGUGUUCCUGGACUGUCCACUAGACGAAAGCCUUGAUAUCUGGAGCCUUGGAUGUACGUUAGCUUUUCUGUUCUUAGGGCAACACAUGAGCCCCGUGGACUGUGAGUAUCAGUACAUGAGGUUUAUCGUAGAUGUCUUGGGCCAGCCGAAAAAUAAACUACUGGAAAAAGGAUGUCAAAGUCAUCUGUUUUUUAAACAAGUGAAGCAGGGGUCUGAUUAUGUUUGGAGACUCCGGACCCCGAAGGAAUUUGAAGAAAUAACUGGAAUUGAGGUUAAGAAAACAGAUUGCAAUAAUUUAACUGAUUUGAAUGACUUUCUGUUUAAAUCCAACCAACCAGAGCCAAUAGCUUAUGACGACACAGAGGCUUUCAUCGACCUUCUCAGGAAGAUGUUAAACGUGGACCCGGCACUUAGGAUCAAGCCAGCGGAUGCUUUAAAACACCCAUUUAUAACAAUGAAGCAUCUGCGUUAUAUCUCAGAUGAAUUUUAUUUAACAGAAUCCCAAAGGAUUAUGGAGGAAUUCCAACACAGCGAACAAGAAUACACUUAUAGUUCUCUUUCUACUCCGAACAGCAACGGAGAGCAGACCCCAGACCUGGAUUUUAGUAAGAAGGGAAAGAGAAAUUCCUCACAUUUAGUCCAGACCGAAACCAGAACAGGAACCAGUAGCAGUGAAACAAAAGCUGAAAAGAAAAACACGCCACACUCUGACCCCAGGAAGAGUUCACCUAAUGAUGAGAAAGUCCAUCCGUUGUUUAGCAGUGAAAGCUCUGAAGGAGCUAGUUCAGAGGACUCAAAGAUGGACCUGUCUAUCAGAUGGGAAACGGAUUCCUCAGACACAGACAAAGGGUCGUACUCAACUGACUCAGAUAGCAUCCCUUCAAUAUUAACGCCAGGUAUGGUAAUUACGGGGAAUUCAAAGAUUUACGAAGUAGAGGAAGUUCUUGGUUUUGGGACGUUUGGAGAGGUGGCCAGGUGCUGCAUAGAGGGACAAGAUAAGGUGGUCGCUUUGAAAGUAAUGAGUAGACAGUACGAAAGCGAAUUUUUAAAUGAAGUUCAAACGUUACAACUUCUGAACAAACUGACAAAUUUCAAACACUGCUUUAUGAAACUGAAUGACAGUUUCACCUAUCGAGGCUUUUUAUAUCAGGAAUUCGAGCUUUUGGAUCAAACUUUGUUCGAUUAUUUCAAACAAAGAGGUGACACUUUAAAGGUGGCUGAAAUCAGAGCAAUUGCCCAGCAGAUCUUAGAAGCUCUUAGUGUUUUAAAACAGCUUGGCAUUACUCACACAGAUUUGAAACUUGAUAAUAUCAUGCUUGUAAAUCAUGAAGCACAACCAUUCGGAGUGAAGCUGAUUGAUUUUGGGUUGGCUUUUGAGACUGAACGUUUACCACAGAAGGGUAUCAUUCAGAAUUUGGCUUGCAGAGCUCCAGAGGUAACUCUUGGUCUACCACGAGAUGAAGCGAUAGACACUUGGAGUCUUGGCUGUCUCUUGUCUGCUCUGUUUCUGGAUUGUUAUCUGUUCCCAGAAGAAAACGAAUACGAUAAUCUGAGAAUAAUUAUGAAGCUCCUUGGUCAACCUGACAAAAAACAACUGGACGAGGGGACUCUAGUCUCAAACUAUUUCAGAAAAGAUAAGAACAGGUCUGAAUGCUCUUGGAGAUUUAAAACCCUGAAACAAUACGAAAAGAAGAGAGGAGCGGUGUCUGUGAGGGCAGACGCAACCUAUGAUGAUUUAACAACGCUGGAUGACUUGUUUUUCUCUCAAAACACUAACAACUCAACUGAAAAUGAAGAUAUCGAAGCUUUUCUUGACCUCGUGAAGAAAAUGUUAACAGUGGAUCCAUCAAACCGGAUUCUGCCAGCUGAUGCUCUGAAACACCCUUUCAUCACGAUGGAGCAUCUCGAUGGCGCUUCAGAUAGACGUUAUGUGAAAACAGCUCGUAAAUUAAUGAGAAAUGUCCAACCGUGUCAUUCAGAUGGUGAAAGUGUCAUCAGCGAAUGCCCCGGGCCCAGUCAGGUGCCAGGUGUUCAAACAGACUUAGAGAGAUCUUUACCAAUGGCAGAAUCAACAUGCAGUACAAAAUUUAGUUCAGAAGAAAUAGUAGAGUUUAAUUUAGAAGAAAGCAAAGGAGGAAACGUUACAGAGAAAACUUCUAUUGACACCAGAGAGAAGGAUGAAGAGCCAAUGUGUAGCAAACAGUUAUUAGAGAAAACCAGCACAGUAAACACAGAGGAACUGCAUAUGGAUAAUCUUUCACCGGACCAAUCUAAAGAUAGUGAAACAUCGUUCGCAGACAUAGAUGAGACAAACUCAAUUGGCUCAGAAAGCUUAUCUUCAUUACUAAUCCCAGGUGUGAAGAUUGAAGGCCUUUCAAAGGUUUAUAUUGUAGAAAAAGUACUUGGAUCUGGGGGAUACGGAGCGGUGGCCAGGUGCCGUAUACAGGAAACAAAUGAGGUCGUAGCGUUGAAAAUGACGCGCCUAACCGAUUACAGCAGUUUUUUCAAUGAGAAGAAAAUAUUAGAAAGUCUGAACGAACUCACACAAUGCGAUAGCUAUUUUAUCAGACUGAACGGCAGUUUCGCCUUUCAAGGCUUUUUAUAUCAGGAAUUAGAGCUUUUAGAUACAAAUUUGAGUGAGUUUUUGGGGGACGAAGGUCGUUUUUUUGAGCUGGCUGAAAUCCGACCAAUUGCCCAGCAGAUCUUAGAAGCUCUUAGUGUUUUAAAACAGCUUGGUAUUACUCAUGCAGAUUUGAAACUUGAUAAUAUCAUGCUUGUAAAUCAUAAAGCACAACCAUUCAGAGUGAAGCUGAUUGAUUUUGGGUGGGCUUGUAGCACUGGAGCUUUACGACAAAAGGGUAUCCUUCAGACUUUGGCAUACAGAGCUCCAGAGAUAACUCUUGGUCUACCACGAGAUGAAGCGAUAGACACUUGGAGUGUUGGCAUUAUCUUGUCUGCUCUGUUUCUUAAAUGUCUUCCGUUCCCUUAUAACAACAGCUACGAUAAUCUGAGAAUAAUUAUGAAGCUCCUUGGUCAACCUGACAAAAAACUACUAGACAAGGGGACUCUAGUCCCAAACUAUUUCACAAAAAUUGACAAAGGGACUAAACAUUCUUGGAUAUUUAAAAAGAAAGGAAAGAAGUCUAAGGAGAAGACCUUUCACCGUAUAACAUCCCUGGAGUACUUUUCUGUCUAUAAAACCUGCAAUUCAACUGAAAAGAAAGAUGUUAAAGCUUUUCUUGACCUCGUGAAAAAACUGUUAGCAGUGGAUCCAGCAAAGCGGAUUCUCCCAGCUGAUGCUCUUAAACACCCUUUUAUCACGAUGGAGCACCUUGAUGGCGCUUCAAAUGAAGAUUAUGUGAGAAGCGCUCAUAAAAUAAUGAAAAAUUUCCAACCAGGAAACAUCCCUCCACACGGUAAAAUUAAAAUCCCCAAUAGUCCGAGGUUAAAAGAUGUGAAAAAGUUUCUCGAACAACAGAAUGGAAUAAAACACACUGGUGCCAAAAGAAAUACAAGCCUUGCCAAGAUUAAGAACUUCUUCGCCGAAAAGUACUACUCCGUCAAGUAUUACUUGUCUAGACUCUGGUAGUUUAGUAUAUAUGUAGAAAUUGUUUUAGUUAUAUUAUUUUUACCUAAUUAGAACCAAAAAUGGGGCUGCAUGGGGACACACUUAAUCACAGCACGUGGUUAACACGUUCUCCCCAUGCAUGCGUGGGUUUCCUCUGGGUGCUCCAGUUCCCCCCACAAACACCAAAAACAUAGCAGGUUAGGUUUAUCAGUGUAUUUGAAUUAUCCCUAGGUGUGGGUGAGUUAGUCACCUGCCCAGGGUGUCUUGUGUCUCUUACCUGGUGACAGCUAGAGGCGGCACCAUCUCAUUCAGAUAGUGAGUUUUCUGCUAGACUGAAGAUACUUUUAAUUACUCCUGUAGACACUAAGGAAAGCUAGGGAGACAUUUCAGCUGUUAGAUUCACCCCUUCUUUCCAUCGGCCAUGAAAGUAGUCACAUAAUGUAAUGGUGACGUUUUAACCGCAAACUCAUUUCCAACUGGAAGCAAUUCUGACGCUAACUGAGAGCGACAGAGCUCCACACAGCUGAUCCUGUGAUGUCCAAAAUAAAUCACGGGAGAAUCGCAACACCACACGUGAUUUCAGAAGUCCACACAAAGGCAAGGCAGCUUUAUUUGUACAGCCCCUCACAGCGGUAUAAAUCUGACCAAAGUGCUUCAUAGAAAUUAAAACAUUAAAAAACAAUACACAAGAUAAAAAUGCAUCAAAACUAAAGCUUAAGAACUAACACUAUAAAGACUCCCAUGCUGAGUUAAAAGCCAAAUCAUAAAAAUAGGUUUUCUAAAGGGAUUUAAGGUUGGUUUAUGCUUGACACGUCCACGAGGUCCGCACGGCUCCGCGCGGCAAAAUUGCGUCAUUUUAACAACCACGCGCCUCCGCACGGACUAAAAUUUCCGCACCGCGCACCUAGGAAAUGUUCUAACCAUGCGGACGGUGUUACGAUCCCUGACUUCCCCAGCGCCCGGCUUCUACUCCGCACCUUUUCAGCACCAUUCUCAGUCCUAUAUGAUACAGCUCAUUGAAACACCAUUAAAAGAAUAUAUUUUAUCAAGAUCUCUAUCUAUCUAUAUACAUACAUAUAAUUAUAAAUAAUUUUAUAAGUAGUCUUAUUUUAUAUUGGGUGUCUUAAUGGCUGAAAAUGGAUAAAAAGCAGUUACAUUUUAAUUUAAAGAUUUGAGAUUCUAGUCAAAAAUAAAGAACAUUCCUCCAAAUGUUCUUUAAUGUGAUCAUUAUAAUUCUAAUGCUUACAACUUUGUUUUUAUUGUCUGCAAUGCGUAGCCUACAUCUUUAUUAAAUAUGUGUUUAGCUGUAAAGUGGUAAUUCUCUAAUGUGUACACAGAGGUGGACAUCAGUGCUGCAGUGAAAUUCCCAAGAUCAGUCUGCUUUGCUAACAAAUAUAGUUAAAUCUUACCUGCAUUCUAAAUAAAUACCGUUAGGUGAAAACAUCAGUAGGCAUUGAGUUAUUGAUAAAACCCUAACCCUAACAGCCAGAAUGGAAGAAGAGCAUGCUGGGUCAUCCUGGAUCUGAGCCUGUUCUGUGUAUUUACCUACAGGAUGCAAUAAAUGUCUACAAGGCUGAGUUUGGACCAUUACAUCUAAAAGAAAACAUACAAUCAGUGAUGUUUUUUAAUUGUUUACAUUAAUAUACAAAUUUUCUAAGUAUUAACCUCACAGCAAAUAAGUAGAACAAUAUAAUAAACAGGCUUUAGUAGUUAAACAGGCGUUGUGCACACAGGUGCUUUGUGUCUCGGUGCUGGUGGUAUCUAGGUCUCAGAGUUCCUGUCCUCCUGCCAUCUUCUGUUGUCCUCAGGAUACGGAUUGAUGUUUCCUGAUGAUGAGGGAGGGGAAGUAUGUGGGCUUCAAACUGGUCCUGGAUAACAGUGGGAGACCUCCGUUAUCUGAAUACUGAGACCAGAGAGUUGGUGAGAUGCAGAUCUUCUCUACCUCAUCUAGAAACGGAGUUGGUUCAGGGAAAACUUUCCCAAAGACCAGUUCCAUUAUGUCAUCGCCAUAUUCUGCAAUGAUAGACAAUAACUUUAAUGACAUAUUUUGUCUACAAGCAGCUUUAGGAAAGUUGUUUCUUUAGCUUUCAUGUUUAUAGUCACGUUUGUGUUUGUUCACAAGUUCACUUUGCUGCAGUGACUUUAUAUUUUCUUACAAAUGUAAUAAAAUAGUGACACUAAAAUUAUACAAAUGACUCCUUAUGAAAGGAAGCUCAUUAGAGAGCAGCGCAGACAGACUUACUACAUGCUGCAGCUGUUUUUGUAGGCCAGCUGCUGCUGAAUUUGGGGAAAGUUAUUCUGCACACAUCCAGAUCAGAUGGUCGAUUACAGAAAAUAAUGUAAUUCAAUAAUUUCUAAACAGACUAAACAAGUAAAACAUCAAAUAAAUCACUCUGCUGUCAUCAGACGGAGUGAUUCAGGGGGUGAGGUGUUCUUAAUGAUGAGGGUGGCUGAGGUGUGUCAUCACUCACUUUGGUCUGGUCCAGACCGUCUCUUUACUGGUGGGUCUCCUUCCUCAGUAGGUGACGUGAAGCUCCAACAUCUGAACAUUCUGUGUUCCUUAGAGGAGAAGAAAAGUAACAAUAGCAAGCUGGCUAAAUUAUUUUUUACUAGCAUCUCAAGGACUUGGAGAAGCAGAUCUUCACUUACCUAAACAUCAGACCAGUUUGUCCCAGCUGAGCUCAUCAGGGCGUUAGUCUGACAGCCUGUCAGUGAAACACGGCUCCAGCCUUCUGGAUGUUGACUCUAAAAAGCAAAGGAACAUUUUUACAUUUGUUUUAAUUAUUUUACAGCCGAUUUUAUCAGCUUUCCGACACUCACGCUCAUACAGACGGUGAGCUUUGCUGCGUCUGAUUGAUGCAGUUAGUUUUUAUAUCUGCAGUGAGACAAAAAAACUAACCUCACUUCACUCAGAGAUUGUUCUUUAAAACUCUAUUAAAUCCACUGUGUUGACGCACUUUAAUGACUUUGUCACGCUGCAUUUUAGCUGAUAUGGGACUUUAUUUACUAGAUGCUAAGAUUACAUCACACUCACGUAGAAUAACACACAGGCUCUCUCAGGGUCCGAAAUUAACACUCACCACUCGCCAAAUGCGAGUAAAUUGCUCCAUUUGGCGAGUAAAUGUUUGAGCUCUACCUGCCACCUGGCGAGUAAAUGUUUGCACCAAAUUAGUUAUGUUUAUCAGUCAUCUUCCAUGGAUCUCUGAUACUCCUCCCGCCUGCACGCAACGUACACAAAUGUACGCGAAACGUGAGCGCCGCAUCCAACGUCAUUUCCACCUAUUCCAUUAAAUCAGUUUAUCAAGUUAGCAGUUAGCUUCGUGUUAAAACUAGCGGUGAAAUGUGGCGGUUUUUAACUGUAGUCAGCCAGCCUUCCAAAAGAAAACUCGUCGAACUGGAAGAAAAUCCACCAGGACCAGUGGCAACCAGAAGAUUUUGUGAAAAGUGGCGAACGGGAGACGGCGGAGUCGUGAGACAAUGGCUACAUUAUGAUGGCCACGUAGCGUUGCUGCCUUUCACAGACAACUGUCCCUCGGCAUUCUUCAAAUAUCCAAAAAAUGCCCAUACUUCCGACUUUGUCUUCUUUGAGGGAUAAUAAAUGUCCCGAGUGCUGCCGUCUCCUCCUUUGGCCAUUAUUUCAGCUUUAGCUUAAAGAAAGUUUUGGUUGUAAACAACAAAGUGCGCAUGUGCCGCCGGCAACUUCCAGCAGAUGAUACGGUGGCUGGUAAGGGUCACCGCGCCUACACCGCAGCCACGGUAAUCCACCGAGAUAUAUUUUUUUUAAAAAACAAGACGGUUAUUAUUAUUGUCUACUUCUUUACCGGGGUUUACCGCUACACCGGUUACCGUGACAACCCUGCACCCAAAUGAGGCUGUAAUGCUUUGGCACAAAGACGGUGUCAGAAGCAGGAGGCCAGACUUCAUGGACAGAGAAAACAAAGAGUCUGACUAGAUUUCAAUGAAAGAGUUCAUAAAAACAUCUCUAAAAAUAAAUAAAUAAAUAGUAAAAAUGACAAAAGAGUUGUUUUCCUUAUUAAUUGAUGUUUUAAUUAUUUUGUCACUCUGUUUGGAAUCAACAUAAUAUAGAAUUACAUGCUUUAGGUAGAUCUAAAUCAUUUAGAAUUUUGGCCGGUAAAAAAUAUGCUUGGCCGGUAGAUUUUCAUCAUCUACCGGCCAACUUGGCCGGUGAGUAAAAAAUUUAAUUUCGGACCCUGGGCUCUCUGCUGCUACAAUCAGUGGGAGGUUAUCAUCUGGUGUAAAAGAAGGCGUUGAUCAGAAAUCACGUUUUAUUCCACGAAAAUCUGCCAAAUCCACAUUAAUCUGGGUGCUAACUUUACUAGCAUACUGUGCUAGCGAUAGCAAGCCGGAUGCUAACGCUUUUGUGCUGCUAAUGCCCGUAAAUCUAAAGUAAAGUUUGUCGACAUUUUAGAGUGAUAUGAAGCUUACCGCUCUGCUGCUGUGUCCCGUCGCUGCCACAUUCAGAUGGAAAUAACUCCUUUUAGAUAGAUGAAGCCCUCAGUACUUACUAGCCUGGGAGACAGAACGAACGAACCACGCGUGCGCACACACACACACACUCACAAACACACACACUACUUUUUCUUCUGUGUUUUUUUUUAGCAGUAGUGUCAUCAGCUCCUGGGUUUAAAUACUGCCACACCACCCUUCCUUAAAACGAGGAACAGUUUUGAGCUGUGUGUGGCUAAAAUAACCAGACAUUCUGCAUUUUUCCAAUAGGACUACAAAAAAUCUUAGCGAGAAGAAAAAAUGGCGGAUUCACUCUGUGUUUAGCCGAGGGCCAUUACCAUAUUUGGUAGUUAUCCUGACGAAAUAAAUUACUGAUGUAAUAGAUAAUUUGAAAAACUGAACGGGUGGACAAAUAUGCCCAAAACUUAAUUAUUAAAUAUCUAAAUAGCAACUUCAGUGAAUAAUAUAAGCCUUUUUGCUCACUUAGACACUUAAAAUGUGAAACACACUGUGUUAAUGGAUAAAAAAGUGGGUUUUUCAUGUUAUGUCUCCUUUAAAUUA